AUGUCUGCAAACGAAUUCUACUCAAGUGGCCAACAAGGUCAAUAUAACCAGCAAAACAACCAAGAAAGAACUGGUGCUCCAAACAACGGUCAAUAUGGUGCCGACAAUGGUAACCCCAACGGUGAACGUGGUUUAUUUUCCACUAUUGUAGGUGGCAGUGCCGGUGCGUACGCUGGAUCUAAGGUGUCGAACAACCAUUCUAAGUUGAGUGGUGUGCUGGGCGCCAUAGGUGGUGCAUUCCUUGCCAACAAGAUAUCUGAUGAGCGUAAAGAGCAUAAGCAACAAGAGCAAUACGGCAACUCAAACUUCGGAGGUGCUCCUCAAGGUGGACACAACAACCAUCACCGUCAGGACAAUAACAACAAUAACGGUGGAUUUGGCGGUCCAGGCGGCCCUGGCGGUCAAGGUUUCGGAAGACAAGGCCCACAAGGAUUUGGAGGUCCUGGUCCACAAGAGUUUGGUGGUCCAGGUGGCCAAGGAUUCGGUGGUCCAAAUCCUCAAGAAUUCGGCGGGCCAGGUGGCCAAGGAUUCGGUGGUCCAAACCCUCAGGAAUUCGGGGGCCAAGGUCGUCAAGGAUUCAAUGGCGGUUCACGUUGGUGA